UCACCAGUUGGGAUAAUAAUAUUUGUUUACAGAAACGAAAAACCAUUUAAAAACUUUUGAAAGAGAAGAAGAGUAGCUACUACUCCACUCUUUUCGUCAUCUCUCUAUACGUACGCGUCCGCAUUGUUGUUGCGUUCUCGAAGCAUUGUCAUCGAUAACGAACGUAUGGAGAAAAACACGCCCGUCAGGAAACCACACACUUCGACAGCGGAUCUACUGACUUGGCCGGAUAAUCAACCGUUUGAGUCUCCCUCCGCCGUCCCAACCAGAUCGCACCGGCCGUCGGAUGGAAUCAGGAAAGUGGUGUUUGGAGGACAAGUUACAGACGAAGAAGUGGAGAGCUUGAACAAGAUGAAGCCUUGUUCAAACUACAAGAUGAAGGAGAUCACAGGAAGUGGGAUUUUCUCUGUGUAUGAACAAAAUGAUGCUUUGGAGACAGGAACAAGAACAUACCAGAAACAAGCAGAAGCAACUGUAAGUCGCAUUUCAUUUGGGGAAGAAGAGAUUGUUACGCCAAAGAAACCAGCAACGGUGCCGGAAGUGGCCAAGCAGCGUGAGCUCAGUGGUACACUGCAAAGCCAAUCUGAUGCUAAGCUUAAUAAGCAAUUCUCAGAUUCUAAAUUUAAGGAACUUAGUGGUCAUAACAUCUUUGCUCCACCACCUGAAAUCAAACUUCGUCCUACCGUUCCUGCCUUGGCUUAUAAAGACAACUUCGACCUCGGACAAUCUGAUACCAAAACCGAUGGGGAACUAAAGACGGCCAAGAAGAUUCCGGACAAGAAAUUUACAGAUUUGUCGGGAAAUAAUGUAUUCAAAGGAGAUGAUACGUCUCCGUCCGCGGUGACGGCGGAGAAGCUUCUAAGCAUGGCAAAGUUGAAAGAGAUAAGUGGCAAUAACAUAUUUGCAGAUGCAAAGGCCAAGUCUCGUGACUACUUCGGUGGCGUACGUAAACCACCAGGCGGGGAGAGCAGCAUUGCUUUGGUCUAAAUCUACCCUUCCAAUAAUAAUUAUAUAGUUCCAGAUUUUAAAUUCUCUACAAACUUAGAAGGUCUAAUUAUUUAUCAUUCUCAUUUUUAUUAGAUAAUAUACAUUUGGACGCUUCUGUUUUCUAUGUUUCCAAAUUUGUGUGAUUGGUGGGUUAUGAAUUGAUCGAGAUAGGUCAUCCAUUGGACUUUGUAGUUUGAAAGCUAAUCUGGUUUUCAGGA